AUGACGCAGCAACCGAGAGCGCCCCCAAAUGGAAUUGUACUAUCUUGUUUUUCUGGAGAAGUUCCCACGUAUUUGGGAUUGAAAGGUAAAUACUUGAAUAUGGCCAUUUCAACUAUGUGUGGUGUUGGUUUCUUAUUAUUCGGUUACGAUCAAGGGGUUAUGGGUUCAUUACUUACUCUUCCUUCGUUUCGUGACGAAUUCCCCACUAUUGACACCCAACGUAAUCCGGAUAAUUCUACCUUACAAGGUUUCACCGUGGCGGUUUACGAGUUGGGGUGUAUGGCCUCGGCGUUAGUCACGAUUAAAUUGGGUGAUAAAUUGGGUCGUUUGAAGACAAUGUUAUUGGGGGUUGCAAUUAUGUUUGUUGGUGGUAUUUUACAAGCAUCUUCGGUUAAAUCAAUCGCAUUUUUAAUCGUAGCUAGAAUUGUCACUGGGUUAGGAAACGGUUUCAAUACUGCAACCGUUCCUGUAUAUCAAUCAGAAACGUCUAAAGCUCAUAAUAGAGGUAUGCUUAUUUGUGUUGAAGGUUGUUUAAUCACUUUUGGGAUUUGUCUUAGUUAUUGGAUUGACUAUGGUCUUUACCCUUAUGGUGGUCAAGUCUCUUGGAGGUUCCCAAUUGCCUUCCAAUGUAUUUUCCCAUUGAUUAUGUUCCCCUUUAUUUUAAAAUUACCAGAAUCCCCAAGAUGGUUAAUGAGACACGAUAGGGAAGAAGAAGCAAGAAGAGUUUUCGCUUCUUUAUAUGAUACUUCUGUUAAUGAUCCACUUAUUGAUUCUCAAUUAGAGGAAAUUAAACAAUCUUUACAAGCAGAAGUUGCUGCAAGUGGUGGUCAUUUCUCUGCUAAAGAUUUAUUAAAACAGGGGAAAACUAGAACUUUCCAUAGAGUUUGUCUUGCAGCUUUUUGUCAAUUCAUGCAACAAAUUUGUGGUAUUAACUUGAUUACUUAUUACGCGGGUACUAUUUUCGAAGAUUACAUUGGGAUGUCUGCUACAAAUUCCAGAAUAUUGGCUGCUUGUAAUGGUACAGAAUACUUUAUUGCGCUGAUUUUCACCAUUUUCUUAAUUGAAAGACUUGGUAGAAGACCAUUAUUCUUAUUUGGUACGGCGGGUCAAGCUUUGAGUAUGUUAUUUUUAUUCGUUACUAAUUGGUUAAGUGAAAAUAAGGAUAAUAAAGGUGCUGCCAUUGGUGCUGCUUUCUUACUUUUCAUGUUUAAUACUUUCUUUGGUCUUUCCUUACUUUCUUUAACUUGGUUAUACUCUCCAGAAAUUAGUUCUCUUGCCGCUCGUACUGCAACUUCUGGUAUUUCAACCGCUGCUAAUUGGGUUACGAAUUUCUUUGUGGUGAUGAUUACUCCAAUCUUGUUCAAUCAUAUUAAAUCUUAUACCUAUCUUGUGUUUUUCUUCAUUAAUCUUGCCAUGUUGCCAGUGCUUUACUUUUUAUUCCCUGAAACAAAAGGUAGAAGUUUGGAAGAAAUGGAUGUUAUUUUCUCAAUGACUCCAGUAUACAAACCUUGGGAAGCGGUUCAAAUUGCAAGAGAUUUACCUUUCAUCCAUGCUGGUACCGUGGACGAUCAUCACGAAAAGGUUUCCGUUGACCAUAAUGAUGAAGCUCUUUUAACUAGUGUUCCUGAAGAAAAAGCUUCAGUGGUUCAUAACGACGAUGCCCUUGAGUCAGAUCAUCUGAUAUAA